AAACAUAACACAAAGCCCAAGAAAACCAAAAGGAAAAGUCACAUUUUCACACUCUCAUUAUUUGACUCCCCACACUCACUUUCCUCUCUUUUGACUUUGUCAUCCAUUGUUAUUUUCCCCCUCUCUCUCCCUCCUUCAAACAAACUCCAUCACCAUUCAAACCAAAAACAUGUCCACCACCAACAAACCACCGCAUUAUCCUCCACCACGCCACUACCCACCACCACCACGCCCACCACAAGUACACCCUCCACCACGCCACCACCCACCACCACCAAACCCACCACAAGUACACCCUCCACCACGACAUCACCCACCACCACCAUAUCGCCGCCCACCAAAACCCCCAAAAUCCAACCGCUCCACACUAGCAUCCUGCAUUGUAGCCACAAUCUUCCUAAUCUUCCUCAUCAUCCUCCUCUUCAUCAUCUACUUCUCUCUCUUCAAACCCAAAGACCCAACCAUCACCAUAACCGCCGUCCAACUCCCUACCUUCACCAUCUCCUCCAACGGCUCCAUCGUCAGCUUCACCUUCUCCCUCUACGCCGCCAUCAAAAACACUAACCGUGCCCUCUUCUCCCACUUCGAUAGCUCCCUCCAGCUCCUCUACGCCGGCAAUCAAGUCGGUUUCAUGUUCAUCCCAGCUGGUAAAAUAUCCGCCGGAAAAACAGAGUUCAUAGGCGCGACGUUUUCUGUGAAGCCGUUUCUUAUCUCGACGACGGCAGCGGGAGGGGACACUCCGGCGUUAGUGGGGAAUAUUCCGGUGACGGACGGGAUAGAGAGGGUGAAGCCGACAAUGGAGGUGGAAAUGAGGAUGGAAAUGGUGGGAAGAGAGAGAGUGUUGGGGGUUUUUAGUCAUCAUGUUGAGACUGUUACUGAUUGUCGCAUUGCUGUCGCCAUUUCUGAUGGAUCUGUGCUUGGUUUCCAUUGUAGCUAAUUUCCCUUUUUUUACUUAAUUGAGUAAUUUCAGGAACAAUUUUCGGGAUUUGUGCUUUAAGAGGAUUUGUUAAUGGAGGAUUAGUUAGUAAAUUAAUUUAAUUAGUUUGCUGCAAUUGUAAAAAGUUUAACUCCAUCGUUAUGUAUUUUGUGGGUAAUGUAGGAUUCUCUCUCAGUUUUUUUUAGUUGAGACAUUUUUUUUAGUCAA